AUGGCAACGGCAACUGAGGCAGCAGCUCCUCCGUUGAGUCAGGGGUUUGGAUAUGGCAUUAUCCUGGGGCUAGGCUUUGCAUUUGCCCUAGGCAUGAUAGGAACGACAUGGGCUCUAAAGAGGUAUCACAAUGAGGUGCAAACCUCAGAAGCGUUCAGUACAGCUGGCAGAACAGUCAAGUCCGGCCUUGUAUCAUCAGCCGUUGUGAGUAGUUGGACGUGGGCCGCUACGUUGUUGCAGUCGAGUGGAGUGGCAUAUAACUAUGGUGUCAGUGGUCCUUUCUGGUACGCCAGCGGUGCAACGGUGCAGAUUUUACUGUUCGCUACACUCGCAAUUGAACUCAAACGUCGAGCUCCCAACGCGCAUACCUUCCUCGAAGUGGUACAUGCUCGAUACGGCAAAGCAACUCAUUUUGUUUAUAUCAUUUUCGGUCUGAUGACCAAUAUUCUUGUGACUGCUAUGUUGCUCACUGGAGGGUCUGCUGUUGCUUCCUCCCUGACCGGGGUGCCAACCGCUGCAGCUUGUUUUCUGCUUCCGGUCGGCGUCGUACUGUAUACAAUGUUUGGAGGUAUCAAAGCGACGUUUCUCACAGACUAUGUUAUCAUUCUAAUCAUCAUCUUCGUCUUCGCCUUCUCAGCUUACGCCACCAACAAUGACCUUGGCUCACCAAGCAAAGUCUACGAUCUGCUCAUGCAAGCAGCUAGAGACCACCCAGUGGCUGACAAUGCCGGUGGCAGCUACCUUACCAUGCGUAGCAAAGAAGGGGCCAUCUUCUUCGUCAUAAACAUAGUGGGCAACUUUGGUACGGUAUUUCUUGAUAAUGGUUACUACAACAAGGCUAUCGCUGCCGGCGUGGUCCAUGCUCUACCAGGAUAUGUCAUGGGAGGGCUUUCGUGGUUUGCAAUCCCCUGGCUCUGUGCCACUACAAUGGGUCUCGCCGCUCUAGCUCUGGAAGGCAACCCGGUGUUUCCGACCUAUCCGAACCGAAUGCCUCAUGCAGAUGUGACUGCCGGGUUGGUCUUACCUAACGCGGCAGUUGCCAUGCUUGGCAAAGGGGGUGCGGGAGCAACACUGCUUCUGAUCUUCAUGGCUGUGACAUCUGCCACAUCUGCUGAACUGAUCGCUGUCUCGUCCAUCUGGACUUAUGACAUUUACCAGAAAUACAUCAACCCCACGUCUUCUGGGCGCCGCCUGAUAUUCCAUAGCCAUAUGUCUUGCAUAUUUUACUCGAUCGGUAUGGCGGCCUUUAGUACCGGGCUGUUCUACGCUGGCAUCAGCAUGGGCUGGCUCUAUCUGUUCAUGGGCGUGAUAAUCUCCGCGGCUGUGCUUCCCGCCUCCCUCACCCUAUUAUGGAAAGAUCAAAACUGGAUCGCAGCAGCCUUCUCGCCCAUCCUUGGUCUCGUCGUCUCCCUUACCGCCUGGCUCGUGACUGCGAAGAGAACCUGCGGCGAGUUGACGGUUGAUUGCACCGGAGGCAACUAUCCCAUGCUAGCUGGAAACGUGGCCGCCCUUCUCUCCCCAAUUGUCUUCGUGCCAAUUCUAACCUUCGCUUUUGGCCGCCAAAACUAUGACUGGGUGUCCAUGACCCAGAUCCGCAUUGGCGACGACUCCGACAUUGCCAAAUCCGCGCACGUCGAUCUCGAACUCAUUCCCGGCCACCACAAAUCCGGCAACGACAGGCCGCCGCAGCGGCCGAUCAACGCAAGCUCAACAAAUCCGCCAUUAUUGCCCGCGCAACGACCGUAA